CCCUGGUUCUCAGAAUACACAUAACUCCAUAAUCCAUACGUGAAGGCUGUGUCAUUCAUCAUCCGCCGCUCAUUUAGGAAGCUUACUUCUACAAGUACAAUUUAGGUCUACACUAUGCUAAGACUUCGUUCGACUCUACUGAUUUUAGUCGGAGUCUGUGUCAAUUGUCUCGAUGCCUUCGGAGAAUCGCGUUCCUACGAGGAUCGUUUAACCUUCCGUGUGUAUUCUCCCUCUGUCCAACAACAACUCAACAACAAGACGGCUCUACUGGAGCUAAGGACGCAGAUCAACAAGCUUCACGAUGCAGAGUUCCUUAAAGAAUUGGCUCUUUCCAAUGACAAUUUUGGGGAGCAAGGUUCGGGACUAUUCGCAGACAUUAACAAUGUUUCGUAUACUUGUCGUGAACAUUGGAACCGGACCAUAGCCGGGCUGUUGAGAAGUGAAUUCUGGGCUUUUAAAAUGCUAGACGCCUCAGGAAAGAUCGGUGCAGGAAUACUGGAGGGACACACGAAAUGGAUGGGCUCCUACGACGAGUGUUUCCGAAUAGACCGGACUCUUCCAGGAAUGCCCCCCUCCAACAGUGGGUUCAGUACCCAGUUCUGUGGAAUGAGGACCAAAGUGACUUUCGGCUAUAUACCUCUAGAAAUUGAUUUUGCUGCGUGUGUUCCGAAAGCUUGUUCACCAAAAGAUCUGACAAUUCUAUAUAAUGACUUAUUAAAACGUCUACCAACUCAAAAUCCAGUUCGUGUUUAUGGCACAUUUUGCAAAGAAGACCAAGAAAUAGACUCACGAGCUGUUGUUGCUAUUGUGAUUCUUGGCAUUUUUGCUGCCCUGAUGUUUGUAAGUACUGUGUAUGACUUACUGAUCAUCCAGCGUCAGCGCCACACAGCAGAACGCACCAAGUCGGAGAUUCUGAGCGAACACACCGCAAGCGUUGGAGAAAAAUCUCCCCUUCUUAUCUCACAUGAAAAGAAAUUGGCCCCAAAACAAGACAGUGUCGCCGAGAGACUUCUGUUGGCCUUCUCCGUCUACUCCAAUGGGAAGAAGAUCCUGCAAGUAAACCACUCCGCGGGCACCCUGACCGCCCUGAACGGCAUCCGCUUCCUGAGCAUCUCCUGGGUGGUACUGGGCCACACGUUUGCCUUCAUUACCCCCGUUCUGAGCAACAGCUACGUGGUGCUUCCUGACCUCAUUGCGCGCUGGACAUUCCAGGCAGUGGCUAACGCCCUCGUCUCUGUCGAUUCUUUCUUUGCUUUGAGUGGUCUACUGUUGGCAUACCUCACUCUGAAGGAAAUGAAAAAAGGACAAGGGAAAUUCAGAAUCAACUGGUUCAUGUUCUACUUUCACAGAUUUUGGAGGUUGACUCCAGCCUACAUGUUGUUGAUGAUGAUCAGUAUCUGUCUGUCUCGCUACUUUGGAGAUGGACCACUUUGGCCUGACCAGGGCAUUGAAGUUAAUUACUGCAAAGACACUUGGUGGAAAAAUCUGCUGUAUAUCAACAACUUGUUUAAUGAACAAUCGUGUUUCGGUGUGUCCUGGUAUCUAGCUAAUGAUAUGCAGUUCUUUUUGCUGAGUCCUCUAAUGCUAAUACCUCUCUACUUUUAUUUCCCAUUCGGAAUAGUCAUUUGCUUUGUCUGGUUGUUGGGGUCCUCCAUCACCCCAGGGGUCGUGUCCAGAGUGCUGGAUCUACCCCCGAGUUCCCUCGGUGGAGGAGGAACAGCCCAAGGGCGGGCUGAUUACUUUAACUAUUAUUAUAUUCGACCGUACUGUCGGAUGGGACCUUAUAUAGUAGGAAUCAUCGUUGGAUCAUUUCUGUACAAAACAGACUGCAAAGUCAAGAUAAACAAGUACCUGAACCUACUACUGUGGCUGGUUUUCGCUACCCUGGCCGUGGUGGUUCUGUACGGACUCCGGGAUCCGAUCAGUUUCCCGGAGGAUGCACUCAGUCGUGACGUGUCCGCUCUCUACAACGCCACUCACAAAAUUGUGUGGGGAGCGUGCGUUUGUUGGGUCAUCUUCGCAUGCGCAACCGGAAAUGGAGGUUUCAUCAACACUCUUCUCUCCUGGUCGCCAUUUGUACCACUAGCCCGCUUGUCCUAUUGUAUCUAUUUAUCACAUGCUAUGGUCCUUUUCACGUACUACGACAGCCAACGGAGUCUGAUAUAUCUGGACGACUUGAACAUUAUUUACGUGUUUUUGGCCACUUUGGUUCUGUCGGUGAUGGUUGCCUUUUUAGCCUCGUUAUCAUUUGAGGCGCCUAUGAUGGGACUGGAGAAAGUGAUCUUUAAACGAGAUCGAAGAAACUAGAUAUUUAAAUCGUUGAAAUUUAAUGCAUGAAUUGAAAUACCUCAAUUUUUUUCAAUAUCGUGAAAAAUAUAUUGUUAAUGUUUUUGUUUAUAAACUAUUAACGGUAUCCAAUUGUGGAUAGUUAUCGAUCAUUAAAGUUUGAUAUACUGUAGUUAAAUAGAAAUGAAUAAUGUAAUGUUUUCAUAUAACGAAUAAAAUUGUCAUAGGAACACUAAAAGUUUGUCAUAGGAACACAAGUUAUUGAUGAAAAAUAAUAAAAUAAUAUUCUGCAUUCAAAGUGAAUAAAAUAUGUCCAAGCACAAGGUAA